CUGGUUUUGAUAAAUAUAAAAUACGAGACGUUAAAUUGGUCUGUGUUAAGGAAAUAGUAAAAACGAAGUACAUAUUUGUUCAAUUUUGUAUUUUCUUUUUGCUUAUUAAUCCAGAUUAAUUGAGGGUUUAAGUUAAAUUAAGGAUAUAUUUGAUCAACUAUUGAACGAUAACACAAAUAUACGAACUAAACUAUUAGUAUUUGCUUAAUUUCAAAUACUCUAAAAAUAUAUUUGACGCUUUUCUCUCUUUUCAGUGUAAGAUUUUUUUGCUUUCGCCAUUCUCUUCUUCUUCUUUUUUCUUUUUCUUUUUUUGUAAUUAUCUUCUUCUCUAAAAAAAAGGUAUCUUCUCCUCUCGCAUAUUAUUUUUAUUUCGUAUUUUCCUCUUUGUCUUUUCUUCUAUUGUCCUUCUGUCAUUCCGUGAAAUCAAGAAGGACCCAAAGUUAAUAUGGUGUUACAACAUAAGUCCCCAUAAAUUCAUUUAAUUUCUUUCAACCCCUACGCUUAACUUCUUUAUAUUAUUAGCAAGUUAGGAAGCAAAUUAAAAUACAUCAAUUGCUAUCCAUGGCUUCAACAUUCUUACAAGUUCUUGCAGUAAUUGCAGUGCUAUAUUUUCUUCAAGAAUUACAUAACAAAUUCAUGAAAAGGAAGAAAAAACUUCCUCCUGGCCCAAAAGGGCUUCCAAUAAUAGGAAAUCUUCAUAUGAUUGGCAAAAAUGUCCACCAAGAUCUUCAUAAAAUAGCCAAAAAACACGGUCCCAUAAUGAGCAUGAGAUUUGGUCAAGUUCCGGUAAUUGUUGCUUCAUCUCCUCAUGCUGCUGAACAAUUCUUGAAAAAUCAUGAUCUUGUUUUUGCAAGUCGGCCAAAUAAUAGGGUUGCUCAAUUAAUCGCGUACGAUCAGAGAAAUUUGUGUUUUGGAAAAUAUGGAUCUUAUUGGCGGAACAUGCGAAAAUUGUGCACGUUAGAGUUGCUCAGUACUCUCAAGAUCAAUUCUUUUCAAGCCAUGAGAAAACAAGAAGUUGCAAAUUUUGUGACUUUUAUUAAUCGGGCAGCUUCUAGUGGUGUGGAAGUUGAUAUUAGUGCUAGACUUAGCUCAUUAGGUGCUAACAUGGCUUGUUUAAUGAUAUUUGGGGAAAAAUAUAUGGAAGAUGAAUUUGAUGAAAGAGGUUUUAAAGAUGUGAUUCAAGAGACUUUGAUUAUAACAGCAACGCCAAAUAUUGGUGAGUUUUUCCCUUUUCUUGAUAAGUUUGAUUUGCAGGGAUUCAAUCGUCGUCUGAAGAAAUUAGCAAAGAUUUUUGAUGAUUUUUUUGAGAGAGUUAUUGAUGAACAUGUUCAAGAUUCAAUUGAACAAAAGCAAACUACGGAUAUUGUUGAUACUAUGAUGAAUAUUAUGCAAUCUGGCGAAGCUGAAUUCGAGUUUGAUCGUCGCCAUGUCAAAGCUAUUUUGCUGGACAUGCUAAUAGCUUCAAUGGACACCUCAUCAACCGCAAUUGAUUGGGUUUUCUCUGAACUUCUAAGGCACCCUAAAGUAAUGAAAAAACUACAAAAUGAGUUGGACCUAAUAGUUGGCAAAAAUAGAAUGGUGGAAGAGUCAGAUUUGGAAAAAUUAGAGUACUUAGACAUGGUCAUUAAAGAAGGUUUUAGGCUUCACCCCAUUACACCACUAUUGAUUCCUCAUGAAUCCAUUGAAGAUUGCACAAUUGAUGACUUUGCUAUACCUAAAGGUUCAAGAAUUUUAGUAAAUAUUUGGGCAAUCGGAAGAGAUCCAGAAGUUUGGUCCGAACCUGAGAAGUUCGUCCCAGAAAGGUUUGUUGGUAGCAAUAUUGAUCUUCGUGGACGUGAUUUUCAGCUUUUACCGUUUGGCUCGGGAAGAAGAAGUUGCCCUGGAUUACAAUUAGGUCUCACAAUCGUUCAAUUGGUGCUAGCACAAUUGGUUCAUUGUUUUGACUGGAAGCUACCAAAUGAUAUGAUGUCAAACGAUAUAGAUAUGACUGAGAAAUUCGGUUUAGUUACCGCUAGAGCUCAACAUUUAAUGGCUAUUCCUACUCAUCGGUUGCAUGCAUAAUUGACCUGAGCUUACUAGAAACUUAAUUGAGUGAACACGGGAAAGGACUUACAACUUUUUCUCUGGAACUAUGUUUUUAGUUUUUUUUUUUCCCACAUGUUUAAUAUCAUUUUCUCAUCUUUUAUUGUGAAAUUUGGUACUGAUUUGGCGGCCCAGUUUUAGGCUUGAAGAAAAUUCAUUUUUUUGCGCAGAUUGUCCUUUAAUUUUGGGGUGG